AUGCCUCCUAAGAAGGCGGCUGUGGAGGAAAAGAUUCCCCUGGGCCGACCUGGCAAUAAUCUGAAAAGUGGUAUUGUUGGCCUCGCCAAUGUUGGCAAAUCCACCUUAUUUCAGGCAAUUACAAAAUGUGAUCUUGGCAACCCAGCUAACUUCCCCUAUGCCACCAUUGAUCCCGAAGAGGCUCGUGUCAUUGUACCUGAUGCUAGAUUUGACUGGCUUUGCGAGAAAUAUAAGCCAAAAUCUCGAGUCCCUGCCAACUUGACGGUCUAUGACAUUGCUGGUUUGACACGAGGUUCCUCCACCGGAGCUGGUCUUGGAAACGCUUUCUUGUCGCAUAUUCGCGCAGUAGAUGCUAUCUUCCAAGUCGUUCGAUGCUUUGAUGAUGCCGAAAUCAUCCACAUUGAGGGCGAUGUGAAUCCCACCCGGGAUUUGGACAUCAUUUCGGAAGAGUUGAGACUAAAGGACAUUGAGUUCGUCGAGAAGGCUCUUGAAAACCAGAAGAAGAAGACUCGCAUGGGUGGUCAAAGUUUAGAACUCAAAAAGGCUAAAGCGGAACAAGAUAUAAUUGAGAAAAUCCUGGCGUGGCUACAGGAUGGCAAAGACGUCCGCAAGGGCGACUGGAAUCCUAAGGAGGUUGAGGUUAUCAACCCUCUCUUCCUCUUAACGGCUAAGCCGGUUGUAUACCUUGUAAACUUAUCCGAAAAGGAUUACGUGCGUAAAAAAAACAAACAUCUACCCAAGAUCGUUGAAUGGGUUAAGGAGCACGCCACUGGUGACCCAAUUAUUCCGAUCUCUGUUUCGUACGAAGAACGUCUGACGCGGUUUGAGACGGAGGAGGCCGCGAAGGAGGAGCAAAAAGCGGUCGGCGCUGAAUCCGUCUUGCCCAAGCUUGUGACACAGAUGCGGAAGACCUUGCAAUUGGGCAGUUUCUUCACAUCAGGUGCUGAUGAAGUCCGUCAAUGGACGAUUCGUAACGGCACAAAGGCUCCCCAGGCUGCUGGCGUGAUCCACACGGAUUUCGAAAAGACAUUUAUUCAGGCCAUUGUAUACAAUUUCGAGGUUCUGAAGGAACUUGGCGACGAGUCCGAAGUGAAGGCCAAGGGGAAGAUGAUGACCAAAGGCAAAGAUUAUGUUGUGGAGGACGGUGACAUAUUGCUUAUCAAGGCAGGUGCGGCUAAGGGUUAG